CUGAACUGCCUUUGAGUACAACAACUGCGUACAACAAACGGGGUGAUCAUUAUUGCCACGUUUCGAAGAAAACCUUUCAAUAAAAGUCAAGCGUAUUUUUUAUCGUGAAACAUUUGCCUCUGGGUGUGACAACAAAUCAACAAAAUGGCUGACUGUUCUGAUGACCAAAGUCCUUUUGAAUGUCCAAUCUGUCUCCAACUUCUGAAGGACCCAGUUACUACAGCAUGUGGACACAGUUUUUGUAUGAACUGUCUUGAGAAAUUCUGGGAUGUGGAUGAUCAGAAGGGAGUUUACAGCUGCCCUCAGUGCAGGCAGAUAUUUACUCCAAGACCGACUCUUAACAGAAGCACAGUGCUGGCUAAACUUGUAGAGAAAAUGAAGAAAGAAACACCACCAGCUGUUGAAGACACUCCCGUGAUGGGUUCUGCUGGGUCCGGGGAUGUGGAUUGUGACGUCUGCGUGGAAAACAAACUCAAAGCCAUCAAGUUCUGUUUGGUGUGUGUGGCGCAUUACUGUGAAGCUCACAUCCAGACUCAUUAUAAAUCAGCUGCAUUAAAGCGACACAAACUGGUAAAUGCUUCGUCACGUCACAGUGAGCAGAUCUGCCCUCAACAUGAUAAACCUUUGGAGCUGUACUGUUGCCAAGAUCAACAGUUAAUAUGCAUGCAAUGUGCUCUUAUUAACCACAUGAACCAUAGUAUGGCUUCACCUGCAGCUAAAAGACAAGAAAUACAGGAACAAUUAAAAUCAAAUCAGGAUGGCCUACAAGAGGAAAUACAUAAAAUAGAAAUGAAAAUACAGGAAGUAAAACAAGCCAGUGUCUCUCACAAGCAAUCUGCUCAGGCAGCGGUGGUGCAUAGUGAGAAGAUCUUUACAGAGCUGAUCAGCUCCUUGGAGAAAAAACGAGCUGAGAUAACGGAGAUGAUCAGAAAUCAGAAGGAAGUAGAAGAAAGAAAUGCUGAGGAGUUUAUACAUACAUUGGAGCAGGAGAUCAGUGAUCUCACAAGGAGAAACGAGGAACUAAAGCAGCUUUCAAAAGUAGACGAUGACAUUUAUUUCAUUCAGAAUUUGUCUUCUAUUAACAACCAUCAACGUUCAAACCUGUGCAACACCACUGUAAACCAACAUUUGACUUUUGAGGAAAUUCACCCAAUUCUCUCUGAACUGAAAAGUCAACUUGAUGAUCUGUGUGAACAAGACACCGUCCGGAUAUCAGAGAGAGUUCCAACUGUCCAUAUAUUGAACGAUGAGAAGAUAACAGAUUAUUUGCCAUCACAACCCAAGACCAGAGAAGAGUUUCUUAUAUAUUCCUCUAAACUAUGCUUGAAUCACAAGUCAGCAUGCAAUCAGCUGUCAGUAACCAAUAACAGCUUUGUGUCACGGGGUAAUUCAGCCUGUGCAACAAUUCAUUCCAGUUAUAGUUCAAGAGCAUUUGGGAGUCCUUCUUCUUCUGGGCAUUCACAUCAACAGGAACCCAUGUUUUCAUUUCAUUCCAGUGAUCGUUCAAGAGAAUUUGGAAGUUUUUCUUUUUGGAGUUCCCCUGUACAGGAACCUUUGUUUGGUGCCAUACAUCAAAUUCAAUCCAGCACAUAUCAAGUGUUGUGUGACAGAAGUCUGUCUGGAUGCUGUUAUUUUGAGGUUGAGUAUGCAGGUAAAGGCUGUUCUAUUGCAUUCUCAUAUGAUCAAUUCGAUCAUGCAGGUGGAAGCUUCCCCUUUGGAUGUAAUAACAGGUCCUGGAUAUUUGACUUCUCGAAGGCGGAUAUUAAUAUGUUGCACACCAAUAUCAGCACUAGCAAUCCCAUUGUCUCCUCGAAAAUUGGAGUAUAUCUGGACCAAAGUGAAGGAACCCUAUCCUUCUAUAGUGUUACUGACAAAAUGACCCUACUACACAGAGUCCAGACCACAUUCACUGAGCCCCUGUAUCCUGGAUUUUCUUUGCAGAAAUGGAUAGAUGGCUCUGUGAACAUUUGUGAUCUGUCACUUAUACCAAAAUGAG